AUGGUACUGGCCUCUGGUGGCUAUCCCAAGACCCUCCUCUGCCUCCUCAUGGCUUUGGAGCCUGUGGCUCUGGGCUGCCACCCGGGGCAGGUGGAGGGCUUCUCCUUCAUGACCCUGGAAGGGGUGCUGUUGGUGCACAAUCUGCAGGAGCUCCGGAGAAGUGCAUCUCUGGCCACCAAGGUCUUUAUUCAGAGAGACUAUAGUGAUGGGACCAUCUGUCAGUUCCAGACCAAGUUUCCCCCAGAGCUGGACAGCCGGAUUGAGCGGCAGCUCUUUGAGGAGACUGUGAAGACCCUCAACAGCUUCUACGCAGAAGCUGAGAAGAUUGGAGGCAGCUCCUACCUGGAGGGCUGCCUGGCCUGUGCCACUGCCUACUUCAUUUUCCUCUGCAUGGAGACCCACUACGAGAAGGUUCUCAAGAAGAUCUCCCGCUACAUCCAAGAGCAGAAUGAGAAGAUCUUUGCCCCUCGAGGCCUCCUGCUCACAGACCCUGUGGAGCGAGGGAUGAGGGUUAUCGAGAUCUCCAUCUACGAGGACAGGUGCAGCAGCGGCAGCUCCAGCAGCAGGGGCAGCGGCAGCAGCAGCGGCAGCGGCAGCGGCAGCGGCGGGGGGGGGUCGGGGCCCCGGUGA